AUGAAACCGGUAAUUGUCGUUCUGGGUUUACUAUUUACCAUCGUUGUUAAUGCUCGCUAUUCUGAAUGGGAAGAGGUUCGACCUUAUUGUGGUGCUCGAAGUCGACCACAGUGUUGUGUUAAUCGAAAUGACGAGUGUUUUAUGCCCUAUUACGAUUCACGAUGUUAUUGUGACACGUUCUGUUUUCGUGGAUAUGAUAAUCAUGAUUGUUGUCCCGAUCACGAUGCCAUCUGUGAAGGAAUUGUACCAGUACCUAUCACUCAACCACCACCGCCACCUGUUACUAGGGGCACAUGUAUUGAUUACGAAACACAACAAGAAUUUCAAAUUGGUACAUCGAUAAAACGCGAUUGUAAUGUAUGCCAAUGUACAACACUCGGUUAUCAAGCACAGUGGUCAUGUGAGGAAGAUUUGUGUGUGAAUAGUCCUGACUUACUACAACACAUUAAACAACAGCAGUCUUAUACUGGAUGGGAUGGAACACAUUAUGAUAGAUUUAAUGGAAUAAAAGUGAAAGAUGCAUUGAAAUACUAUCUCGGCACAUUACCGGACCCAUCGUUGCGAUUAAUGGUCGAAAAAGCGCCAGAUAAUCCGGCAGAUUAUUAUCAAAUGGAUGAAAAAGAUGCGUUCGAUGCGAGAACAAAUGAGAAGUAUCAAAAUAAGAUUCGUGGUAUUCGUGAUCAAGGUAAAUGUGGUAUAUCAUGGGCACUGUCAACAGUCGACGUGGCAUCCGAUCGUUUAUCACUUGUUGGAAAUAUUCAUUGGGCACGUGAACAACUGAGUGUACAAAAUAUUUUAUCAUGUACCGAUGCGGAAGCAAAAAAUGGAUGUGAAGGUGGACGUGUAGCAUUUGCAUGGGGUUUCAUUAAAGAUAACGGUGUUGUCACUGACGAUUGUUAUCCCUAUGAAAGUGGAAGAACAGGAAAUAUCGGCGAUUGUAAUUUCCGUUUGAACUAUGAAGAUCUUAUGAGUAUUCAACAGCAUCGCAAAUUAACAAACUUAAAUUGUCCUUCAGGUAGCACAAACGCUCAACAUUUUAAUUUCGGUCCCGCCUACCGAAUACGAAAUGAACCGCGUUCAAUUAAAUACGAAAUAUAUUUCCGUGGUCCCGUGCAAGCAACAAUGCUUGUUACGCCUGAUUUUUUCUUGUAUAAAGAUGGUAUAUACAAAUGUCAAAAUAAUUAUGAUCGACAAAAUCCACGGUAUGCUAAUUUGAAUGCUUAUCAUUCUAUACGUCUACUGGGCUGGGGAAUAUCCACAGAUCCACGAACACAGCAACAGGAGUCCUAUUGGAUAGCUGCUAACUCAUGGGGUGAAGGAUGGGGAAAAAAUGGAUAUUUCCACAUUCGAUUUGGUGAUUGUCAGGUAGAAGAAACAGUUAUUGCCACGUAUGGUAAAAGUACAGAAGUAUUGAGGAAAAAACACAAACGACAAAAGCGUAGCGAUCAAGAAAGUAAUAAUAUCUAA